CGCUGUGACCACUGUAUAUAAACUUGGGAUAGUAACUGAUCAUCAUAACAGGGAUAAAGUGACACACCAAACAUCAAAGAUAUACAGACAGAGCAAAAUUCGUACAAGAAAAUGAAAACCCUUUUAGUUUUGACCACACUUGUGAUAGUAGGAAACUGUCUACUGGAAGAUAUUUUGGGGAACAUCUCGUCAAAUAAAAGAUCGCUUCUCAUGAGAAGAGGUCAUGAAAGUACACUCAACUUUUUGUUUAUGGUAGCUGAUGAUGAUAGGGACGGCAAUUUAUCCGCUUCAGAGUUGCUUCCAUAUACUAAACCAAAAGACGGAAUGACACCAGAGGCGAAGGCUAAAGAGACUAUUAAAAAAUGUGACACCAAUAAUGAUCACCAGUGUACCAAAAGAGAAAUGCUGACAUACUUGAGAAGUGUGGAAAAUUGAGGAACGAUUGGCGUUUGUUGUUGUAAAAAUUAUAUGCUUUUCUUUAUUUCAUAUUAAAGAUGAUCAGACAGUAUAGAUGUUAAUAAAAGUAAAACAUUAA